AAUUUCCUCUUUGUCACAACAGAACCCCCUCAAAAACCUCCAACAACUUUUGAGUCUCUUUUUUCUUGCUCGUAACAAUAAUGGCGUCCACUCCUUCUCCUCACACUGCCACCACAACCCACCUGAAUUCUCUCCUUUCUUCUUCUUCUUCCUCAACCAAUCACAACAACAAACCCUCAAAUCUCUCUUUCCUUCAUACCCCAUCUUCUUUCAAACUUCUCCACUCUGUUUCCGCUUCAUCUUCUUCUUCCAAAACCACCAUUUGUAAUGUUCUCAAAACCGCUGAUAUUUCUCUGUCUAGAGAUCUCAAAGGCGUAGGUUUGGUUCCCAAGCCAACCAUUCUCGUCUCCGAGAAACUCGGAGAAGCAGGUCUUGACCUGCUACGUAGUUUUGGUGACGUGGAUUGUUCGUACGAAUUGUCUCCACAAGAUCUCUGUGCUAAGAUCUCUUCUUGCGACGCGCUUAUUGUGCGUAGUGGAACAAAGGUCACGCGCGAGGUGUUUGAGGCUGCUCAGGGAAGGCUUAAGGUUGUUGGAAGAGCAGGUGUUGGUAUAGACAAUGUGGAUCUGCAAGCUGCAACUGAAUUUGGUUGUCUCGUUGUUAAUGCACCCACAGCUAAUACUAUUGCUGCUGCUGAGCAUGGGAUCGCUUUGCUUACCUCUAUGGCUCGUAACGUUGCUCAGGCUGAUGCCUCCAUGAAAGCUGGAAAAUGGCUGCGCAGCAAGUACGUGGGUGUUUCUCUUGUUGGGAAGACAUUAGCUGUUAUGGGAUUUGGUAAAGUUGGUUCUGAGGUUGCUAGACGUGCAAAAGGCCUCGGUAUGCAUGUUAUUGCCCAUGAUCCUUAUGCUCCUGCUGACAGAGCUCGUGCUAUCGGAGUGGAUUUGGUUUCUUUCGAGCAAGCCAUAGGCACUGCUGACUUCAUCUCACUCCACAUGCCUCUUACACCUGCUACUAACAAGGUAUUCAAUGAUGACACGUUCGCAAAGAUGAAGAAAGGAGUCCGCCUGAUAAAUGUUGCUCGGGGUGGUGUUAUUGAUGAAGAUGCAUUAGUUAGAGCCCUUGACAGCGGAAUAGUUGCUCAGGCAGCACUUGAUGUGUUCACUGUGGAGCCCCCACCAAAAGAUAGCAAACUAGUGCAACAUGAGAAUGUCACUGUUACACCUCAUCUAGGAGCUAGCACAAAAGAAGCACAGGAAGGAGUUGCGAUUGAAAUAGCUGAGGCUGUUGUUGGUGCUCUAAAUGGAGAACUUUCUGCUACUGCUGUAAAUGCUCCGAUGGUCCCUCCUGAGGUUUUGUCUGAAUUGGCUUCUUACGUCGUGCUUGCUGAGAAACUAGGUAGAUUGGCAGUACAACUGGUGACUGGUGGAAGUGGAAUUCAGUCUGUGAAAGUGGUUUAUAAGUCGGCUAGGGACCCUGACAGCUUGGACACUAGACUUCUCCGAGCCAUGGUAACAAAAGGCAUUAUUGAGCCUAUAUCUGAUACAAUCAUCAACCUUGUAAAUGCAGAUUUCAUUGCAAAGCAGAAGGGUCUUCGCAUUAGUGAAGAACGAAUCAUUGUUGAUUCAUCUCCAGAGUACCCUGUGGAGUCAAUUCAGGUGCAAAUUAGCAGUGUGCAAUCAAAAUUCGCAAGUGCUUUAUCAGAGAAUGGGAAUAUCAGCAUCGAGGGGAAGGUGAAGUAUGGAAUUCCCCAUCUUACACGUGUUGGACCUUAUAGCGUUGAUGUGAGCUUGGAGGGUAACCUCAUCCUUUGCAAACAAGUGGAUCAACCUGGUAUGAUUGGGCAAGUUGGGAACAUACUUGGUGAGAGUAAUGUGAACGUGAGCUUUAUGAGUGUUGGAAGAACCGUGAAGAGAAAGCAGGCGAUUAUGGCAAUUGGAGUAGACGAAGAACCGGAUAAGGAUACUCAGAAGAAGAUUGGAGAGGUGGCUGCAGUUGAAGAAUUUGUCUUCCUCAAGCUAUAGUCCAGAUAUUCAAUAUUGUUGGUUGGUGGAAUGAACAAACUCCUUAUUUAUUAAAGAAAAAUAGAGUGUAAUACUAAGUAGUUUAAUGCUAGUAUUUUACAGUUUGGAGGCAUUUGCUAUUUGGCUUAAUGCGUGUCUGCUUAAUGUGGUGGUUUAGGUGUUGUUACCGGUGAUCAAAGCUGGGGUCUUUCUCAUGUAAUCCUCCUUUUGAGCUUUUCAUUUACCAGGAAAACUUAUUCUCUUA